AUGGCAGAUGAACAGGUGUCGCUCGCCUCUUUAAUUCUAAUAGUGGUCAUCGGUGGCCUCAUCAUCCGCUACUUGUUUUCUUCGUCGCCCGCCCCGCCCCAGCGGCAAACACGGGAUACCCAAUCGGCGUCGCGGGCCAGAGAGAUUGCCGUCGAUCGAAUACAGCAGAUGUUCCCCCAGGUCGACCGUAGGACUGUCCUUUGGGAUCUGAGCCACAACGGAGGGAACAUCGCGGUGACCACAGAGAGGAUACUGUCGGGACGAAUAGAAACCCCCCCUAUUACCUACCAGCCGCAGCCUCCCCCGGCUUCUCUGCGUCCGUUGUCAACGGCACAAUCGCUAGCUCCCAAAGCGCCGCCGAGGCCUGCCGAGCCUGACUUGAUUACCAGGUACAAGCUGCAAGACAAAGUCAGCAUCAAAGGAGACCCCGAAUCCGCUGCCAAGCCUAAGGCGUGGAGCUCAAACCGGGACGAGAGACAGGCAUCGUUGCGGAAACGGCGAGACGACAUGAUCCUAGCAGCGAGGAAGAAGAUGGAGGCCAAGAUAGCGGCAGAGAAGUCCACCCAACACGCACAAUAGUGGCACCACCUGCGACAACCUGCUCGAUG